CCUUUCUUCACGUUUUUGCUUUCAAGAUUCGCUCCGAUUUUGGCCACCAACAUGACGACUUGUUUACGCCGCAAGGAUGCGUUCGCAUGCAUUUUCCACCGUCCUCGUCAUGGAGUGAACGCUGUACGCAUUGUGCCUGAUCUCCUUCGCCUGCGCCCCCGGUCCGGCCGCUCAGUACGCGCCGAACUUGAAUUCUUUGUUACACCCCGAUGCUGGAAGAACUAGCUUUGGCCAUGCUGACAGCACGGUGCUGCAUCUGCAGACAGGCCUCAACUCAGCACGAGACCAUCGAUGUGUCCAAUUUGAAAACCGUCGCAGAUUAUGACCGUUGCCUGGACGGCACCUUGAAUCGUGCAUCAUCACGAAUCUUCCACCCUGCUUUGCUGCUUGUCACAAUAGAAUUUGCUGUGCGCUGCGAACGCGAUGCAGCUCCAGCUUUCUCUCCGUGCCAAGUGCAUCCUGCUCGGCGUCCUUGCUGCUGCCGCCGUGAUCGCGUGGUUGGUGAUUACACUCGCGGACACCAAGCCGGAUCUUCGUCCAGUGGUAUUGUUGACAGGCGACUCGCUCACGGAGCAUGGCACCAAUGUGGAACUAAGCGGGUGGACAGCCAUGCUGCAGCAACAGUAUUCGCGCACCGCCGACGUCGUAUCGCGAGGACUCCCAGGUUACAACACGAAAUGGUUCCUAAAGUAUAUUAUACCGACAAUCGAGCGCGAGAUCAGGAAGGAAGUGUACGUGACGCCGUCGCUCAUUACCGUUUGGUUCGGCGCCAACGAUGCAGCUUUGGCUAGUGGCUACGACUCAGAGACACACGUCCCUAUUGCAGACUACAAGGAGAAUCUGGAGAAGAUCGUUCGCCAAUUUUCGACAGUAGCGCCCCGCGCUGAUAUUUUGCUUAUCACUCCUCCGCAUGUUAAUGAUUCCGCAAGGGCUGAAAUCGCCAAAGGGCAGAACGGCACGAUUGAUCGCACGAAUGCCAUGGCAAAGAAAUACGCUCAAGCUUGUAUCGAGGCUGGCACCAGUAUCGGCGUUCCAGUGCUCGACUUGAACUCGUAUUUCAACGCUAUGAACGAGACGACACGAGACGCACUGUUAAUAUCGGACGGUCUACACUUCAACUCGUCUGGAAACCAAGAGGUUUACAAGCAACUGAAAAGCAAAAUUGAAGAGGUUUUCCCAAGUUUAGCAGCGAAACUCAAGCGUUGGCAGUUCCCAGGAGCGACCAAAUAUUCAGAGGCAGAUCCAUGGACAGAGGAGGAUGGCGAACGAUGAGAGAGUAAGAUUAAGAGUCUUCCGUGGAUACGAAUUAAACAUAACUUACGUGUCUAGACGUUCGGCUCAAUAUUAAUUUAUUUUUUGCUUAGAUAGGAACAGGCCUUUGGCAACUUUUCAUA